AGCAAAUAAUGUUGGAUCUCGAUAUCAGGUACAUUUCAAACCCAUCUUUUUUCUAUUUCCUUUGCCCACUCUGAAAUGUCCCUUCCUUACAUAAUUGUCUUUUGCUCCUUUUUUCAGUUAUAAUGCCGACAUAAAGGUGGAUGCUGGUUUUACGGAAAAAACCCCAUAGCCGGCAUCAAAUCUAUAAAGGUGAGCCUACCAGUCUUAUAUCGCGUACGUUAGCUGCUUCCUUUGCAUUUAUUAUAUAUAUAAACAUUACUUUCUCUUUUGCAGCUGGAGGGAAUCUUGCGGGUAAUUUUGGCACCGCUGAUGGAGGACUCACCCAUAUUUGGAGCACUGACCGUUUAUUUCCCUCAUCGUCCGGUAUUGGAACUACAAUGGACCGGAUUUGCCCACCUACUGAAUAUUCCUGGACUUCAAACGCUGUCGGAAAAAGAGCUUGUGAACCAAAUCGGACAGAUCAUCGUUGCGCCGCAGCAUUUCAGCCAUCCCCUUGCAGCCAGAUUUGAUUUGGCUAAGCUGCAGUUUUUAGAACCCUGGAAUGCGCUUCGUAUCCGAGUCAUAGAAGCCAAAAACCUUGUUGCCAAGGAAAUUUUAACCAAAUCGUCGAACCCUUAUGUUGUGAUAUGCGGAGGAGGAACAACAGCAAAGACAAGGGUGAUACACAAGAACUUGAAUCCAAAGUGGAAUGAGACCUUUGAGAUAUUAUAUUCUGACCUCCCAGACCAGGAGAUAGAAUUUAAUCUUAUCUCUGACAAAGGUGUUAAGAUAAACCAGCAAUUGGGCAGUUGCAGAAUUAGAAUUAAAGAGGUGCCAGAGAGAGGAUUCAUAGACAAGUGGAUAGAUUUGGAGAACGUAAAGUCUGGCCAGCUUCAUAUCAAGGUGACACGUCUCAGGCUACUUUCAGACCCAACCCAACUGGAAGAGGUAAAGUCUCUGUUCCUUUACGCUGGCUGCCGUGGGAAUACGUUGGAAUGUUUUGUUGGUGCAUCAAAUUUUUUUUUGGUUUUCCAGGUGCUGAAAGUAAACGAACAAUCUCGGCCAAAAAGAGAUAAUGAGAUUGCUUCAGCCGUUCUGUACACCUAUAUUGAAAAAGGAAGGGGUCUGCCUGUUCUACAAAUGAAGAAGGACAAUCUGAAAGCGUUAGCUGUCGUGCAGGUUGGCGUUGAAGACAAUGUAAAGAAGUUUGGAAGCAGAAUAAAUAACGGAGAAGCAGAGUGGAAAAAGAGGUUCCAGUUCUUGAUAAGGAACCCACUUAAUGAGGAACUGAAGCUUAAGGUUCACAAUGAACACAAUAAGCCCAUCGGAAGUAUUACCGUGCGCCUAUCUCGCCUUCUGGCUGCUUCGGAAAUGACCUUGCAGGACUGGCUGCCCCUGGAAUCAACUGAACAGAAUAGUGAAAUCCGGGUGAAAUUACAAUUGAGGAUUUUGACCCCUGAUGUUGGAGCUCCAUCGCCUCAAGGAAAGACCAAGGCUCAAUUUUUCAAACCACGGACCAAAGUCAAGAAGCGCUGAUCGUUCUUAGCCAGAAGUCAUUCUUUCUGAGAAUUUCACCACCAACAUUAGCUCCUCUUGGGGAAUGUUAUACUGGUCACGCAAUUAUUGCACUGAGAGUAAGGGUGUCCGUUUAGUAAGGGUAUAUAUUGUAGUCAGGUUGUUUUGUUCCCACCCCUGGAAGGUCCCACCAGAAAUCCCCGGAGGAAAGUCUGGGUUAGAGGAGGAACUUAAUUCAACUACCCUGAUGUAGCCUCUCUUCACCCUUUGGCAUCAGUUUAAGCUGUGAGCCAUGCAAGUACUUUUGGGGCAGAGGAGAAGGAAGAGGACAUCAAAGAUGUCCAUAAAGCAAGCCAACAUUGAACUUUUGUAUUACAAAUAAAGAUAUUUUGUUCUUGUAACAUUUAAAUGCCCAUGAAUGUCAACUGGAAUGUCAACAGGCUCCCACCAGUCUGUAGAGGACGAACGAGGAAGAGGAGGACUUAACAUAAACAUCAAUGCUGCUACCUAAGGCCACAACUUACCCUCUAUGUGUCAGUACCUUCUAGGUUGCACCCUCAUGGUCCCUGACCUUUGGCCUGACUUCUCAUGAUGGAACAUCUACUGUCUGUCUUGCUUAUCCGUUAUUAAGAUCAAAGCUAACACCAAAUAAGUUUGACUUGGUCUGGACGGGAUGGGUGGAAGCUUUGCGGCUUGGGGCUGCUCAUACCUGAGAAACUGUAUCUGUAAGAUUUGUCUCCAUAUCAUUGUUAUGCUGUAUGUGAUGUACUGCGAAAUUGUGUACCUGGUCAUGUGUACGGAUAUGCAUAUGU